UUCCUUCACCAUGUUGAAAGAGAAUGUUAACAAUUCUAAUUUUUCACCCAAAAAGUCAAGCCAUGGUCCUUUAGAAGAUAUCAAGAAGGAGCUGGACUACUUAAAAAAGGAAUUGGAAAAUGAGAAAAUCAGGUCACAAGAGUCCAGAAGAAAGUACACUUAUGAAAUAAGAAAAUAUAAAGAUGCAUCAGAAAAAAUAAAAGAGAAGCUAGUGGAUGAUUUGAAAUCUAAAUGGGAACAACAGAAAUGCCGUGAACUUCAGCAGUUAAAAGAAUCAGUGCUGCGAGAGCGGGAACAAGAAAUAAGGCAGCUACUGCGGUGGAAAGAUGAGGAAUUGAGGGAUCUUCAAAGCUCUCUACAGAAGGAACGGGAUGUAGCUGUGCGGCAAGCUAGAGAACUGCAAAAACAGUUAACCGAAGAACUGUUAAACAAAGGUUAUGUAGGAAAGGCAAACAGUAGUAAAAAAAGUGAGCAAAGUUCAGCAAGUGAAUGCCAGUGUAAACUUCAGGAUAUUUUAUCCAGACUCCGGUGGGAAUACGAUGGGGAACAGGCUGCUCGUAUACGUCACCUAAAAGUAGAACUUGACUUAGAAAGGAAUGUUUUUCUUAAAUAUAUUUUGGCAAACCCCCAAAAUAAUUACUCUGUUAUUCUUAAUGGGAAAUCACAUGGAGAUGGUCGUCAAAUAAAAUAUGGACGUUACUCUCUUGGUAAUAUUGCUUCCAGGCCAAGAUUUGUGGAGGCAUUAUUCAAACAUCAGUCUGCUGAAAGCUUAGAUUCCAGACCAUGGUGUGAAGAUACAGUAUUUUCACAAGCAAGAUUAGUCCCUUUGCCACAAACUAGUUCACCACAAGACUUGUCUGAAAAGCAAUGCUGGCAAGAGUGCCCUAAAGAUGAAGAGAUUAUACAGCCUUGUAACCUCAGUUUCCAAGACAAGCCUCCUUCAAAGAUGAAUAUUUCACAUUUAGGAACCAAAGAUGACUUGACCUCAUGGGGCAUUCUCCGCAAUGAGAUACAGGACCUUUGCCUGAAGGUAGAACAUAUACCUGAUACAGACGUCAAUGAGUGCAAUCCUAGCCAAGCUUACAGUACUCCUGAAGAGACUAUCAACAAUUCCCAGCAGUCAUUGAAUGUGAGCGAUCCCUUCCAGUCCAAGCAGGAUGCAGAAUUGCUGAACAAAGUACAGGUUUUGGAAAGACGUUGCAAUGAAUUGAAAGCAGAAAAUAUUUCACUGAGGAAGAACAUAUUUCCAGAAACAGAAGAGAAGGUAAAAAGGUUAAAACGAAAAAAUGCAGAGCUGGCGGUUGUAGCCAAACGUUUAGAGGAAAGAGCCCACAAGCUCCAAGAAGCCAAUCUUAAAAUGGUUAGUACUCCAAUGCAUCUUAGGGGAACAAAUAUGGACAUAUAUAAGAAAGAGUUUGCACGCCAGCGAGCUAAAGACUUGAGUGAAGAAGCUAGUGCUUUAUUGGCAAAAGACAAACAAAUUGAAUCAUUGAAACAAGAAUGCCAUGAACUACAAGCUAAGAUAUCAUCUGGAAAGGAUGUCCCGAGCUGGUUGAAGCUGAGUGACCUAGACCGCCUGCUGCGUGAGUCUCAGAAGGAAGUUUUACGAUUACAGAGGCAAAUCGCUAUCAAACACUUUAAUGAAUCUCUGCACUUAUCAAGGUCUGACUCCCAGAGUUCUCCGCCUCCCCAUCCUGAUGCCGUGUACAUUGAAUCUUUGUCUAACUCAGAUCAGCUCAUGGAAUGUGAAAACCAGUCAAUGAAGACAACCUCCGGAGAUGGCAUUAAGGAAUCAGAAUUAACAAAGAAAAGAAAGGAAUGUGACAUUUUAGAGCAAGAAGUGAAAAAGAAGCAGAAGAUAUGUGAAGAAUUGGAAUUCAAGCUUCAUGAGGUAGAGACUGAAAAUGCACGCCUUGUGGAAGAAAACUCAAGAUUGAGUGGCAAAGUAAAGCAAACCGUAAAGGUUGAAGCUGAAAAUGCUGACUUGAGGGAGUAUUUGAAUGAGGUAACUGAGCAAAGAGAUUCUGCCCUGAAGGAGAAUCACCACCUGCAAAGCAAGCUGGAUAACCUAGAAGAAGUGCUAAAGCAUAUGCGAGAUGUGGUGGAGAGAAGGCAACAGUUAGAGAAAGAUCACGAAGAUGCCCUGACUGCACUAAAGAAAAGGCAAGAAGAAGUGAAACGUCUCCAGCAGGCCCAAGUAGAAGCUAAGAAAGAACAUGAAGGAGCGGUCCAGCUGCUGGAGAACACUUUGGACAAUUUGCAGGUGCAAGUCAAGAUUUUAGAAGAGAAAUGUCGCAGUCAGACCGAGCAGUUCAGUCUCUUGUCUCAAGAGCUAGAGAGGUUCCGUCUGCAAACUGGGAACAUUGAUCUUCUUACCUCCACAUUGGUGACUUCAGAGCUGCCUCCACCACAGUGCUGUUCUACACCCGGAGUGUCUCCAGUACAUGAUGAGAGACAAGCUGAUUGUGUGGGCCCUGAUCUCUCAGAGAUCAACACAAAGAUCAACGAGGAAGAAUCUAAAAAAGAAGAAACAUUACCUCCGCUGCCAGAUCCCCAUUGUGAAGCCCAAACCGCUGAGGCCCAUGAUGUACUUGCCAAAGAGAAAGAGAAGCUUGAGGCACCACAGACAUUAUCAAAAUCUGAAUCGAUGCAUGAAAGUUCAAAGUCCUGCCCCACACCAGAGGUGGACACUGCCAGUGAAAUGGAAGAGCUGGAAGCUGAUAGCAUUUCAUUAAAUCCAGACCCUGAAGCUCGCACUACUGCUAAGUUACAAGUUUUUAUUGCACGAUACAGUUACAAUCCUUUCGAUGGACCGAAUGAAAACCCCGAAGCAGAACUGCCUCUUACAGCUGGAGAAUAUAUUUAUGUAUAUGGAGACAUGGAUGACGAUGGGUUUUAUGAAGGAGAGUUGAUGGAUGGAAGAAGAGGUUUAGUCCCUUCUAAUUUUGUUGAACGCGUAUCAGAUGAUGGUCUCAUGGCCUUUCAACCUCCCGAGAGUAAUGAGCUUUCACAGAGCUCUGGACAGGACAUUAGCUUUCUGAGUGGGAGCAGUAUUGAGAGAAGUGAAGAAGAUGAUGAUGGGAGCAGUCUCAGCCCUUUGCCAUGUAUAAUGCAAGGAAAUAAUGAGGGGAAUGCCGAUGUCUCAACCGUGCCUUAUCCUCGCAAGUUAGCAUUGAUAAAACAGCUGGCGCGUAGCGUCGUGGUUGGUUGGGAGCCUCCUUUGGUUAAAGCAGGUAGUGCAAAUAUUCUAAGUUAUAAUAUAUAUGUGGACAAUGAACUUCGACAAAAUGUGAGGUGCGGAGGACAGACUAAAGCCUUGAUUGAGAAGCUGGAACUGAAAACACGGAAUUACCGCAUCUCCGUGCAGAGCAUGACUGAAAGGGGCUGCUCAGACAGAAUGCGCUGCACAAUGCUGGUUGGACAUGGAUUUUCUCUGGCUCCAAAGCAACUGCGUGUUCGCAGCCUUUCUGCCACGUAUGCUGAGGUCACAUGGCAGCCAUGCAAUAGUAACUACUCCCAUGCCUUGUAUUUGAAUGAGGAAAUAUGUGGUCGAGCCAAGACAGGGGCUUACUGGUACAGCUUUAGUAGCUUGCGGCCCUGUACCACCUAUAAUGUAAAAGUGGAAGCCCAACCUCAGAGAAUUCCUUGGGAGAUGCCUCUUGAGAGGCGAGAACAAAAAACAACAGUUUUACAGCUGACAACACCUCCUGCAGGUCCUCCAGAUGCUCCCCUAGAUGUUCAAGUUGAAUUGGGUCCCACAGCUGGAGUUCUGCUUAUAAGUUGGCUGCCAGUGACAAUUGAUGCAGCAGGAACUUCAAAUGGGACGCGAGUUACUGGAUAUGCAGUAUACGCUGACGGACAGAAGGUACUAGAAGUAACGUCUCCUACAGCAGGCAGCGUGUUGGUAGGCAUGUCACAUCUACAACUGCUACAGGUGUCCCGGGAGAUAUCAGUUAGAACUAUGUUUCCUGGUGGAGAAUCUAUGGACUCUGUGCCAGCUCAAAUACCCUCUGCCUUGUUGAUGGUUUCUGACCGUUCUUUGUCAUUACAUACCCUAUCUAACACCAGCCUUAUCUGCCAGCCAUCAUCAGGAUCAUCCAUGAACACUAGUUCUGAGACAUUUCCUUCUAUUCCACUAUCUAUGUCUUCCCCUUGCUCCCUUACUUAUCCACAUACCACUAGUUCCAAAGCAAAUGUUUCCAUUCAUGCAAGCUGCAGGAGUGGUGAAGCCAUAGAUUCAUUGCCUGUUCGAAUAUCUCCACAUCUCCUGCUGUCACCACAUAGUGCUUCCUUGAGCGUCUGCCAAGGUACUUCCAGACCUGAGCCUUCUAAAACAUUAGUUCCACAUCAAGGAUCACAGGGAAAAAAAUCCUCGAUUCAAUCACAAUUAACGACUAACUAUGUUCCUCCAAGCCUACCAAUUCCAGCAUGGACUUCUGAAAAUGUAGAAAUGGGCAACAUCACAUUACAAGAGGGAAAAAGCAGACUUCCAACAGAGAGUCCUCUCAAAGACACCAAAGAACCUGAGCUGAAUGAUCCAUCACUGCCCAGUGGCCUUCCACUAGAACCAGGUAAAGCAUGGAACACAGAAAGCAUGGUUGAAAAGAGUACAGUAACUGCCAAAGAGGAAAGCUCAAGCCCAGAAACGGUAUUGUCAGAAGAAGCAGAGGACACCAGCUGCCGUGUGGGUUACCGGGAUGUCUCCAUUGAAGACUUCCUGAAGGAAGAGAAGCUCAAAGAGUCAGAAGCAACUAAUUUUAAUAGUGAAGCUAAGGAAGUACAUGUUUUGCAGCCUGAUGCACAUGCAGCGGUUUCUCAUUCGGAUCUUAGUCGUUGCUCCAACCUCUCUAACCUCUCGGACAUCCUGGAGGAGGAGGAGGAGGAGGACGACGACGAGGAGGAAGAAGAGGAGGAGGAGGAGGAGGAGGAAGAUAAGGAAGAUAACAAUUGUAAUAUUGUGAAAAAGUGGGGCCAUGCUAUUGUGCAAAGUGGAGAUGACAGCUCAACAAAAUUGGAUACAUGUGAAACAGAUAGUGAUGAGGAAAUUCUUGAGAGGAUGCUGGAUUUGCCUCUACAGAAGCAUUGCAGCAAGAAAUUGUUCAGUAUUCCAGAAGUAACUGAGGAAGAAGAUGAAGAGGAAGAGAACCUUUCACCACCGGUAUCUCUCAAGAUGCAAUUGUGUUGCAAUGUAGGUGCACAGAAAUACCAGAACAGAAAUACUCCUGAGACCAUACCACCUAAAUCAAUAAAUGAAUCUUGUAAAAGCUGGUCUACUGAAAAUUGCCAAAAAGAUUACCUUGCAAAAUGUACCCAAGCCCAUUUUCUUGAGGAAGACUGUGUUGAUGUUGACCAUGACUGGUGUCUGAAAACAAAAGAUAGUACAUUUCAAUUUGAUGGCCCAAAGCCUUGUCUAUCUGGAAGUGUAAUGUUGAAUGCAAAAAGAAGUUCUUCUCAGAAUGACAGAGCCCACUAUUGGUCUGAGUCAAGCAAAAAGAGACUGGGUGAUACACGUGAGCACUGCAGUCGUUUGGUUCCAAAUUCCACCCAGGCCGGUCUAAAUUCUCGAGGCCACCCUCAGAAGGACCAGGUAGCUUAUGGUAUCCCCAAAGAAUUGUCCUCAAAUAACCACAAAAGCUGUAAAGGCAAAACCAGAAAAUAUUCUGAAAGGCAGUCACUUAAAGCAAAAAUACCAAGCUCUUGCAACUCAAGAAAUUUAGAAAUUGACGUAGAGUAUGACACAGAAGAUGAAGAUGAACCUCCAUUUCCAUCUCCAGCACACUCUAUGAACCAGAAUGAAACUGACCUUUGGCAGUACAGUUCAAAGGCAGACCAUGAAGCUUCCAGACAUUCUGAGCCAAUACGAAAUAUUCAGCAAAAGGCAUUGAAGAGACAAUUUAAAGUACAGAAUAAAGCUGUAGAGUGUCUCAAAGGAACUAGUGCAUUACUCCCUGGUCGUGAGAUUCCUGGGUCGAAGUUUGACCGUGGAAAAGAUAACCCAGAUUGCAGGAUUCAAAGGAAUAAAACAGUGCGGAUAACUGCAUGGGACUGUGGUGGCAAGGUUGAUUGGAAUGGAGAACCUAAAGCCUCAAACCAGCCUGGUCUUUCCGAAGUAUCUGCACCUGUUACAACAAGAGCCAGUCCACGAGUUCAAGACUCCGAAACAGGAUCUGACCAUUGUGCCUCCCCAGAGUUUUGUCAGAAAAAUAGUCCGCAGGAAAAAGAUUUUUCCUUAAAACGGAACACAGUGCGGAUGUUUGUUGCACGCUUUGACUAUGAACCUGCUACAAUGUCCCCAAAUCCUGAUGCAUAUGAAGAAGAGCUUCCAUUCAAAGAAGGACAGAUUUUACAGGUUUUUGGUGAUAAAGAUGCAGAUGGAUUUUAUCGCGGGGAAUGUGCUGGGAAAACAGGCUACAUUCCCUGUAACAUGGUUUCUGAGUUACAUAUUCAGAAUGAAGACAUGAGAGUAGAGCUGGUGCGAAAGGGGCAUCUACAAUUCGCUUCCUUACAGAAUAAUUUUGAGAACAGAGCUUUUUCUCCUCCUCCUCUUCCUCCUCCUCCUUGUCCUCCUCUUUGUCCUUCUGGCCGUCUCGCCAUCCCACCUCCAAAACCCAGGCGCUCCAAAAAAGGGCAACUGAUCUCAAAUCCAGAAGAAAAGCAUGUGCCAGAAAAAAAUCAGAGGACCAACAAAACGGAUCUGAGCAAUUCCAGGAGGAUGGUGGCUAUAUUUGAUUAUAACCCUAAAGAAAGUUCUCCAAAUGUUGAUAUUGAGGCAGAGCUGAGCUUCACUGCUGGUGAUAACAUUACAAUUUAUGGUGCGAUGGAUGAAGAUGGUUUUUAUUAUGGGGAGCUAAAUGGACAAAGAGGACUAGUGCCAUCAAAUUUCUUAGCACCUUCUCCAUCUGAAGAGGAGAAAGCAAAGUCACUUAAUUCAAGCGUUGACUUGAAGUUUAGUUUAGAAAUGUCCACUGAGCAGACAAAUUCUUCACAAAAGGAUUUUAUCUGCAAUCAAGAAAACAGCUCGAAACUGACAACUGAGAUACAAGAUAUGCACGAAUGUGCAACAUCCUGCAAAAAAAAGAAAAGUUUAUUCUCUAAAGGGAGAAAACUCUUCAAAAAACUUGGAUCCUCUGGAAAGAGUGUGUAGAAAUGGUCUGUUCUAGUCAAGCCACCAUCCAGCAAUAAUCCAUUGUCUAGAUGUAAGUCUGCUGGCCUCGCUGGCAUUGGUCGGUGCGGACACUUGUAAAUAGUAUUAUUUAUUGAUUAAUGGUUUGCAAGCAGUUUCUUGGUGUCUGAGACAGCAAGAGGAAACUAUGAAUGUAUUAGAAGGGUGACUUUGAACAUUAUGAAGAUAGAAAGAUUGAUUGCAAGCACUGAUGAAAUAAGAAAUAGAAAGGGGGUAUAUGACGCUUGCCAGCUGUUUGCUUACAGGUAAUAUCUUGGUGCCCCUGGCUCGUCACUUUUGCACUUAAUAAGAGGCCAUGUCUUUUAGGACAACAAGGAAUGUUUGCACUAUAUUUUCUCCCUAACUUAAGCCACGUUUUUGGAUGUGCUGGGCAGCCAGUUACAAACCUGCUCCCCGCACAAUAAAAAAAAAAAAGAGAGAGAGAGAGAAAAACUAUUUAAAAUAUCGAGAGAACAAAAAAACAACGCCAAAUACGACAUUUGGCGAUCGCUCAGAGCGCUUAUCCUUUCCCCUGAAAAAUUACAGCGGCUUUAUGUUGUGUGCAUGUUGGAGAAAUAAAUGUUCCUUUGCCUUAUUUUUAUCUGGUUAAAUGUUUUACAUGUUUACAAAGUUCUUAUUGCUGUGAGGGAAUAACCUUUUUUUGGGGAAGUGUGGUUAAUAGACGAAAGCUCAGAGGGUUUUUUGUUGCAUUUACCCUGUUGCUGACAUGUCCUCUGUCAACAUCGAAGCCAUCACCCUGUAUACGUGUAACCAGCAUUUUGUUCUGCAAAGCCAGCAUUUUCAAGCUUUCAGUGUCCAUUGUAUUUAAUUUUGUGCAUGUUUACACAAAAGGAAAAAAAAUGUUGGGGUUUAUACCCAAAAGGUGUUCAUAAAUACUAAGUGACGCCCAUUGGUGUUACAACAUGUUCAUUGUUUACAAAUGCAAAUACAUUUUAUUAUAAUAAAGUAUAUUUUCACAAGUUCAUA